AUGCCGCAGGUCCAGGAAAACGCGCCCAACAGGUCAGCACAGGCGCUGGUCAUGAAAUGGCCUUUACCACCUAACCCCCAAACCCCCAACUCCCCAACCCAUAACGAACCCAACACCCACCAUGCCACCCAAACCCGCGUCAUAAUCGACACCGACCCCGGCAUAGACGACCUCGUCGCCCUCCUCCUCGCCCUCUCCACCCCCGCCGACCUCCUGGAAGUCCUCGCCAUCACCCUCGUCCGCGGCAAUGUCGACGUCCACCUGUCGCUCCGCAAUAUCGUCACCUUGUUCCACACCUUGGAACAAGAGCUCGCUUUUCGGAGGAAACACUCCCUCCCGGAAAACUUUGAUGGGGUGACCAAGUUCAAGCCGUUAGUGGCGAUCGGCAGCGAUGAGCCAUUGCUGGACCCGAUGGAGAGUGACUUCUUUCAUGGAAGGGAUGGAAUGUUGGGCGUGCACGGGAGUCAUCCGCACUUGAGUCCGCAGGGGGAGUGGGCGGAUCUAUUCAAGGAGGAAGCAGCGGGGUUGACGGAUGAGGCAGUCGCAGCGGCUGCGAGGGGCGCUAGUCGAGGUAGUAUCUCUAGCCAUGCGUCCAGCUUUGUUCCCAGUACUAGGCCUGCUCAUGAGGAGAUUUUGAGGUUGUUGAGGGAGAACGAGGCUGGGACUAUUACGUUGAUCAGUAUUGGGCCGCUUACAAAUUUCGCCAUUGCGGCGGCGGAGGAUCCGGAGACGUUUUUGCGAGCGAAGGAGGUAAUUGUCAUGGGUGGGACGGUUGAGCAUUAUGGCAAUGUGAGCCCGGUUGCGGAAUUCAAUAUCUGGGCUGAUCCGCUCGCCGCGGCGAGGGUUUUUGCGUUGAGCGGACCGAGCCCGGCGAGCACUAUUCCGGUGGAGUUGGAUGAGAGGUGUGGGCUGAAGGCUUACCCUGAGGGUAUUACAGCAUCGAAGCAACUGCGGGUGAUAAUGAUGGGUCUCGACAUUACAGAAAGCCACGUCCUCACCAAAGAACUUUGGGAAGAGAAGUGCAAACCCUGGCUCCACCGCGGCUCGCCGCUUGCGAUCUGGUCGGACACAUUCAUCAAACAAAUGCUCGACAAGAUGGAGCGCAUGGGCGAAGGGGCUGUACUCACGCUGCAUGAUCCUAUGUGCGUCUACUAUGCUCUCACUUCGGCAGAACAGGGGUGGAUGUUUUCUGCUGCAGGAAGGAACGACGAUGCGGGCCAGGGCGGCUGGGAGGAUAUCAGGGUCGAGUGCGGCGCGCAGUGGACACGGGGAAUGACGGUGGGAGAUACGCGGCCGAGAAAGAGGAGGGGAAGUGAUGGGUUUAGGACGUAUGAUCAGGGGAACUGGUUGGGGGCAAAGAGUGGGAAUCGGAUAUGGAGGGUGGUGGAUAGUCCGGGGUCGGAAGGGCCGGGGAGAAGGAUUGUGGAGCAGUUAUUUGGUUGA